UCUCUCUCUCUCUCUCUCUCUCUCUCUCUCUCUCUCUCUCUCUCGGGGAGGAUGCCGCCUCAGUUCAGACAACAGACGCGGAUCUGAAGAGCUUCCGGGCGGACUACCGGACACACCGACACGGUCACCGCGAUCUCCCGGGCACGGAGCCGCCGGGGCCGGGCCGAACCUUCGCUAACGUCGGCGUGAUUCCCCCCGGAGAACCGCGGAGGGAGAGAGGGAGGGAGAGAGAGAGAGGGAGAGAGGGAGGAUGAAGAAAAGCAACCAGAGCAGACGGGGCGUCCAGGACUCGGCGCCGGCGGCGGUGCAGCAGCCGGAGAAGGCCGGCUGGAUCAGGAAGUUCUGCGGCCGCGGCAUCUUCAGAGAGCUGUGGAGGAACCGGCACGUGGUGCUGAGAGGAGACAUGCUGUACAUCUCAGACAAGGAGGUGAAAGACGAGCGGAAGGCCCAAGAAGUCUUCGACCUGGCGGAUUACGAGCGUUCGGAGGAGCUGAGGAAAGCAAAGAGUCGCAGCAAGAAGAACCACAGCCGCUUCACGCUGCUGCGCCGCCGGCAGCCGGGGAACACCGUUCCUAACCUUGUGUUUCUGGCGGUGAGUCCUGAGGAAAAGGAAUCAUGGGUAAAUGCCCUCAACGUGGCGAUCGUCAAAGCCAAGAACCGCAUUUUAGACGAGGUGACCAUCGAUGAGGACGGAGCCUUGGUUCAUCCCACCAGAGACCGGGCAAAGAUCCCUCAUGGCCGCCGGCUGCCGACUCGAGGACACCUCAUGGCCGUGGCGUCAACGUCUUCCCACGGCAUGCUGACCCUAGACCUGGUCGCCGAGGAGGAUGGUUUCUCUCCGGACUACGAUGGCGACCCGCGGGAAUCCUCCUGGGAGAAUUUCCAGGCCGAGCUGCUGCGGGGGGGCUCGUGCGGCCAGGUGGCAGCGGUCGGGUCUUCUUCGGGGGUCGGAGUUCGUCAGCGAGCCGGCACCGAUGUGUCGAAGCUGCGGGCGACAUCCAAGGAGCCCAAAGUGAAGACCAGCAGUCUUCCCAGAGGGAGUGAGCUGUCCUGGGGCAAACAUUCACACCUGGAGGCCUCCAAGGUCCACAACACCCAGCAGGCACAGGUCCUUCAGUCUCAAACACCGCAGCCAGGGAAGAGGUUCAGCAUGCAGGGUCGGAGUCGCUGUGCCUCCAUGGACGAAGUCCUCUCCUCCAGACCGGCGAUGAUUCGCUCUGAGUUUCGCUCGGCUCUGCGGCGCUGUCCAACCGAAGAGGAGGCUGGGGGCGGGGCUUCGGUGCAGCCUGUCGGGCAGCUGCAGAGCCUGAUCGCCCAGAGGAUGCAGAGAGCUCAGGAGCUGCUGGAGGAGAUGAGACUGCAGGAGUUGCAGAAGGCCAAAGCGGAGAGAGAACACGGAGGCAGCUCACCGUACCUGAAGGGCAUCGACUCUCCUCGCCUCCACCACCUCAGGGGCUCCGACUCUCAGCACGCCAGCAAGUCGCCCGGAUCUCCGAGGAGCCGUAGCAGCGACUCUCCUCGCCUGCGGGGGAAAGACUCUCCCCGUCUGAGAGGCCGAGAGUCUCCUCGCGCCAAAGCUAAGAGGAAUCGCUCCAAAGGGACCGACUCGCCUCGCUCCAGAGGAUCCCAAUCGCCCUCCGCGAAAGCAAACGACUCCCCUCGACUGAAAGAUUCGCCACGGACAAAAAGCUCCGACACGCGUUCCCCGAAACUCAAGGGAUCUCGUGGCGCCUCUUGUCCCGACGAUGAAGAAGACUCUGCCGCGCAAAAGUUGGCAGAAUCAACGCCCCCGGUUCAAGAAGCCGACUCACAACAAGGGAGUGAAACCGACUCGCCACGUCCAAAUCGUAAGGACUCGGCGAGCAUUUCUGGGUCCUUCGAGCCUUCGCGACCCCAAACCGCCGACAGGCACCCUCCGCCCGCCUCGCCGCCCGCCCUGCUGUCGGAAUCGGAGCUGCGGAUGCGGCGCGAAGAAGCCGAGCGCCUCCUGGAAGAGGCUGUGUCGUCGUGGAAGGAGGCGCAAGAAGUCCUGCAGGAAGUGAAGGAGCUGCAGAGCCAGACACUGCGGCGGCAGCGCCGGAGAACCUACGAAAAGAUGUCGUUGACGGCCGCGGCGGCUGGGCUGCACAAGGCGACCCCGGCGGCGGCGGCAGAUGAGGACGGCACGCCGAACUCGCCGACAUCCCCCGAAGACGAGUCCGAGACGCCUUGACGAUGGGGAUUUUCUUUCUUACAACUAUUCCUUGAAUUCAAUUUUCUCGAAGGACAUUUUUCAGCAUGCUUACACGCAUAAAAAAAAGCAGACAGGGAUUUGCAAUAAUUUUGGGGGAUUUUUGGGGGAUUUUUAAAUGUUUUGCAUCUUUUAAAUCUUGGGGGAUAAUCCGUGGGAUGCACGUGAACACUUGAGCAAACGUGGAUUGUUUUAAAAACCAGCAAUAUACAGUUCUUCCCGGGCAGGUUUUAAUGACUUUCUUUCCUUGAAUUGAAUUUUCUCAGUGGAAGGUUUUCUGCAUUGUAGCAACAACACAUUAUGUAAUAAGCUGCUGCAUUUUGUAAUAAAUGAUUACUAGGGAUGCACCCAAUCCAGAUAUUUUGGGGUUUGGAUGAAUACCGAAUCCACUGGUUAAAGCGUAACUCUCGCCAAAAUGCAUCCUAGGGUAUUUUUGUGAAUGUUUGUGAGUCAAACAACAACUGCAGUGAGUUGCACACAACCUUUCUUUUUAGUAAAUCUGUGUACACAAACAAUGUUGUCAAUGCUUGCGUUAAGGUGUAGAGCCCCUGGUGAUACUUGAAGCAAAGUUUCAUGUUGUG